AUGGAAAGCUUCGUGCAGGGAGCCAAAAGGUUGAAUUUGGCCCCGUGCUGGCUUGCGGAGGUGGAAAUGGGUCUGAAGCAAUGUGGUCUGGUGGACCUCAGAAGGGAGAGGAAAGUCUCCAUGCUGAGAGACCAGGUCGGCCUGGGGCUUUGUACCCCGCAGAUCUGCAUCAGGCACACCUCCUGGUUCUUCCUGGCUGACUUGCUGAAUGACGAGGCCGCCGAUGACUACGAGUACUACGACGAGUACACGCAGGCCGAGGAGGACCUCUUCCACCAGAUGCAGACCUUGGAGGACCCCGACUGGUUUGAGGAGUUCUUUGGCUACAGCGACACCCAGCAAGCUGACCCUUGCUCCUCUGAUCCCUGCAAGAACAAUGGGCGGUGUGAGAAGAGAGGAAGCAGCUUCAGCUGCGUGUGCCCCAAGCCAUACACCGGGACUACCUGCGAGAAAGUGAAGGACAUGUGUCUGGAGAAGAGCUGCGUCAGAGGAGACUGUCUUGUUACUCUAACCCCACCUUACUCUCAGUGCAGCUGCAGUCAUCCCUACAAGUUACCGGACUGCCACCACGCAUCUUCACAAUGCAGGCCAAACCCAUGCAAGAAUGGAGGAACCUGCAUACGGCACAGAAUCAGAUCAAAGUUCACCUGCAAGUGCCCUGAGCCAUUCAGAGGGAGGUUCUGUGAGAUCGGAUUGGAUGACUGUUAUGAAGAAGACUCCCUUGGGUACAGAGGAAGAGUGAACCAAGCAGAGAAUGGCAAGACCUGCCUGCACUGGAAUUCCCAUUUGCUCCUGGACCUCCCUGUUAAUGCAUUUAUGGAGGAUGCCGACACUUAUGGCAUCGGUGAACAUAACUUCUGCAGGAAUCCUGAUGAGGAUCAAAAACCCUGGUGCUACAUCAGAAAAAAUAAUGAAGUGGAGUGGGACUUCUGUGACAUUUCACCCUGCUCAGGAACAGCUCAGGAGAGCCAAUGGCCAACAGACAGCCUAGCAGACCCAAGCGGAACAAAUUCAAUAUUCAAAACAUGUGGACAACCAGAAGGUCAGAGGGCACUCAAGAGGAUCUAUGCUGGAGUUAAAACUACAGCUGGCAAACAUCCCUGGAUGGUGUCUCUGCAGAGAAAGACUUCAAGAAGAAGCACACAUUUCUGUGGUGGAGUGCUAAUUAAAUCGUGCUGGGUUCUUACUGCUGGACACUGCCUUACAGAGCCAGCAGAAAAUCUCCAAGUGGUUCUUGGAAAGCAAGACCUCAAGAAGAGGGAACAUCAAGAGCAAAUAUUUGAUGUGGAGAAGAUCAUCGUACAUCACAAAUACAGAGAGAAGGGUGGUGUCCCACACAAUGAUAUUGCAUUACUCAAGUUGAAGCCAGUUGAUGGUCACUGUGCCGUGGAAACAAAGUACGUGAAAACAGUGUGUCUGCCUAACUUCUACUUUCCCGUUGGGACUGACUGCUUCAUUUCAGGAUGGGGUGCAACAGAGACAGAUGAUAUAUCCCAUCAGCUGCUAGAUGCCAAUGUCAAGCUGAUUUCACAGAAGCAAUGCAAUGCACCCAGAGCAUAUGAUCAGCUACUGGAUGAAAGCAUGUUUUGUGCAGGAAAUCUUCAGAGACCCAGAGCUGAUUCUUGUCAGGGAGACUCUGGAGGCCCUCUAACUUGUGUAGAAAACGGCUCCUACUAUGUAUAUGGCCUUGUGAGCUGGGGUGAUCAGUGCGGGUUAAAAAACAAGCCAGGAGUUUAUACCCAGGUGACAACAUUUCUCAGUUGGAUUAAAUCCAAAAUUCGGUCAGAGUCAAGAUCACUUCACUAG